AUGGGAUGCAAGUAUCGUUUAUCCGGUGUUUGUCUUCUGCACAAUCCAUCCUUAUCAUCGUCAUCAUCAUCAUCAUCAUCAUCAUCAUCAUCAUCAUCAUCAUCAUCGUGGUCAUCAUCAUCAUUACCAUUAUCAUCACCAUCAUCAUCCAUUCACACUAUAAAUCUCAGAAAUCUCAGAAAUCACCUGCUUAUAUUGGGCGAGUACAUUGAUGAAUGA